GAUGUUGCAGAAGAUAUAAAUGAGUUAUAAAAGCAAGAUUUCUUAGGGAUGGCCGGGAAAGCAGGACUGACUUUUCAGUAGAAAAAGUGAAAGCAUCCUUUGGUGGCCUGUGCUCAACACUGAGUGGUCCAGAGGGUAGUGUGCCAGAGUUCAGGAGAGGAUGGUGGUGAGAGGCCCCUCAUUGAGGAAUCACCCCCAGUGUCUGCGACACUAGGCUGAAAGGGCUAUACUUCCCUUCGAAUUUGCUUUCCAAGAUGAGCGUCUCUCUCUCACUAUUGUGGAUGCGGUCAUCAGUCCACCCACAGUUCCAAAAGGGAGCAUCUGCAAAGAGCUCAAAGUUUAUCCAGCAGAAUGCCGAGGCCGAAGGAGUACCUACCGGGGGAAGUUGACAGCUGAUAUCAGCUGGGCAGUGAAUGGAGUCUCAAAAGGAAUUAUUAAACAGUUUCUUGGCUAUGUUCCCAUCAUGGUGAAAUCUAAGCUUUGCAACUUGUACAAUCUUCCUCCAAAAGCCCUCAUCGAACACCACGAGGAAGCAGAGGAAAUGGGAGGCUAUUUUAUCAUCAAUGGCAUUGAGAAAGUCAUCCGAAUGUUGGUUAUGCCUCGGAGGAAUUUCCCCAUUGCAAUGAUAAGGCCAAAAUGGAGAAAUAGAGGGCCUGGCUACACUCAGUAUGGUGUUUCAUUGCACAGUGUGAAGGAAGAGCAUUCUGCUGUCAACAUGAACCUCCACUACUUGGAGAACGGCACAGUUAUGUUGAACUUUAUUUACCGCAAAGAACUGUUUUUUCUUCCACUGGGAUUUGCACUCAAGGCACUUGUCAGUUUUUCUGAUUAUCAGAUUUUUCAGGAGCUCAUCAAGGGAAAAGAGGACGACUCUUUUUUUAGGAACUCUGUCUCUCAGAUGUUGAGGAUUGUGGCGGAGGAGGGUUGCUUCACACAAAAGCAGGUUCUCAGCUAUCUAGGUGAACGCUUCCGAGUCAAGCUCAGUCUUCCUGAGUGGUACCCGGACAUGCAGGCUGCGGAGUUUCUGUUUAACCAGUGCAUCUGUAUCCACUUAAAAUCCAAUACUGAAAAGUUCUAUGUGCUUUGUCUCAUGACCCGGAAGCUCUUUGCUUUAGCCAAAGGAGAGUGCAUGGAGGAGAAUCCUGAUAGUUUAAUGAACCAAGAAGUCCUCACACCUGGCCAGCUCUUCCUUAUGUUUCUGAAGGAAAAAAUGGAAGCUUGGUUAGUAUCUGUUAGAAUAGCUCUCGAAAAGAAAGCUCAGAAAACCAGUGUGUCCGUAAACACUGAAAAUAUGAUGAAGAUUUUUACUAUGGGAACAGACCUUACAAAACCUUUUGAGUAUCUUCUUGCUACUGGGAAUCUGCGUUCUAAAACAGGUCUUGGCUUCCUGCAAGACUCUGGACUCUGUGUUGUGGCUGACAAGCUGAACUUCGUACGCUACCUCUCCCAUUUCCGCUGUGUGCACAGAGGAGCUGACUUUGCCAAGAUGAGGACCACCACGGUGCGCAGGCUGCUGCCAGAGUCCUGGGGUUUCCUCUGUCCCGUGCACACCCCAGACGGGGAGCCGUGCGGCCUCAUGAACCACCUGACUGCUGUGUGUGAGGUCGUCACGCAGUUUGUGUACACAGCGGCCAUUCCAGCCUUGCUCUGCAACUUGGGGGUCACCCCGGUGGACGGAGCCCCGCAUCAGCCCUACGGCGACUGCUACCCUGUCCUGCUGGAUGGCGCCCUGGUUGGCUGGGUGGAGAAGGAGCUCGCCCCUGGCCUUGCAGCGUCUCUCCGGCACUUUAAGGUGUUGAGAGAAAAAAGAAUCCCUCCCUGGAUGGAGGUGGUCCUUGUCCCCAUAACAGGAAAACCCAGCUUGUACCCAGGGCUAUUCCUUUUUACCACUCCCUGUAGACUGGUCCGGCCUGUGCAGAACUUGGAGUUGGGCAAGGAGGAACUGAUUGGAAGCAUGGAACAGGUCUUCAUGAACAUAGCGAUCUUUGAGGAUGAGGUCGUGGCGGGGGUUUCGACACACCAGGAGCUCUUUCCUCACAGCUUGCUGAGUGUGAUCGCCAACUUCAUCCCUUUCUCGGACCACAACCAGAGCCCACGGAACAUGUACCAGUGCCAGAUGGGUAAACAAACUAUGGGCUUUCCACUUCUUACCUUUCAAGACCGAUCGGAUAAUAAGCUGUAUCGUCUUCAGACACCACAGAGUCCCUUGGUCAGACCCUGCAUGUAUGAUUAUUACAGCAUGGAUAACUAUCCAAUUGGGACGAAUGCCAUCGUCGCCGUCAUUUCCUACACUGGCUAUGACAUGGAGGAUGCUAUGAUUGUAAAUAAGGCCUCUUGGGAGCGAGGCUUUGCCCACGGAAGUGUCUACAAGUCCGAGUUCAUAGAUCUUUCUGAAAAAAUUAAACAAGGUGAUGAUAGCCUGGUGUUUGGAGCCAAACCUGGUGACCCACGGAUUCUUCAGAAAUUAGAUGAUGAUGGAUUGCCAUUUAUUGGCGCAAGACUGCAGUGUGGAGAUCCAUAUUACAGCUACCUGAACCUCAACACCGGGGAGAGCUUUGUGGUGUACUACAAGAUUAAAGAAAAUUGUGUUGUGGAUAACAUCAAAGUGUGUAGUAAUGACACUGGAAGUGGAAAGUUCAAGUGUGUUUGCAUUACAAUGCGAAUCCCUCGGAAUCCAACCAUUGGAGAUAAAUUUGCCAGCCGUCAUGGUCAGAAGGGCAUUUUGAGCAGGCUGUGGCCAGCUGAGGACAUGCCUUUCACCGAGAGUGGGAUGGUCCCAGACAUCCUGUUCAAUCCUCACGGUUUCCCGUCCCGGAUGACCAUCGGCAUGUUAAUCGAGAGCAUGGCAGGGAAAUCUGCAGCUUUGCAUGGUCUCUGCCACGACGCCACACCCUUCAUCUUUUCGGAAGAGAACUCGGCCUUAGAGUACUUUGGGGAGAUGUUAAGGGCCGCUGGCUACAACUUCUACGGCACCGAGAGACUGUACAGUGGCAUCAGCGGGCUGGAACUGACAGCAGACAUUUUCAUUGGUGUGGUUUAUUACCAGCGCUUACGCCACAUGGUCUCGGACAAAUUCCAGGUUAGAACAACAGGAGCCAGAGACAAAGUCACCAACCAGCCCAUUGGCGGAAGAAAUGUGCAGGGGGGGAUCCGUUUUGGGGAAAUGGAGCGGGAUGCUCUUUUAGCUCAUGGCACGUCCUUCCUCCUUCACGACCGCCUCUUCAACUGCUCCGAUCGCUCAGUUGCCCACGUUUGUGUGAAGUGCGGUAGUCUGCUCUCUCCACUGCUGGAGAAGCCUCCCCCUUCGUGGUCUGCCACGCGCAACAGAAAGUACAGCUGCGCUCUGUGUCAUCGCAGUGACACAAUUGACACCCUCUCUGUGCCUUAUGUUUUUCGCUAUUUUGUAGCAGAACUGGCAGCUAUGAACAUCAGAGUGAAACUGGAUGUUGUCUAACUUGAGGCUGGCCUUUUGUUUAGGAAAUCUCUUAGAUUAAAACAAAGUAGUAUCUUAGUUCUGUAAGGAUACUAUUACUGGGUUACUCUUGAGUUUUUUCAGGGAUGUUAGAAUUCUCAGGCAAGACGUGGCAAUUCAGAAUUCAGGGCUUUGGAGUCUCUGGUAUAAUAACUUCUGAAGCUCUGUUUGGAACUCCGUUUAAGUAUCUUCUUUAAAAACGAUAGAUUGAUAAGUAGCAGUGUCUGCAAGGAAGUCUUCUUCCAAGCAUCUCCCCCCCUGCCCCCAUUCUCUGUCCCUUCUUCAGCAGGAGGGGACUUGUCCAUGUAGCACAGGGUGGCCCUGUACUAGGGCAAGGCAAGUGUGUAAGCUGUAUAUGCAGUUUCAUAUGUUCUUGUAGCCACGUUUAAGGUAAAAAACAACAUUUAUUUUGAUAUUUUAUUUAAUGCAAUAUAUUCAAAAUGUCAUUUCACAAUGUAAUGGAUAUAACAAAAAUUGAGAUUUUUUACAUCGAUUUUUCAUUCUAAAUCUCAAAUCCAGUGGGUAUUCUGUAGUCAGCCUUUUUGGGCAUUAACUUUUUUUUCUUUUUCCUUUGUUUUUGGUGUACGUUUCAUUGUAUGGAGAUACUGUUAUGUGUAUACCAUUUCUCUUUUGAUGGAUAUUUGGGUUGUCCCAUUCUUUGGCGAGUAUAAACAAUGUUGGUAGCAAAAAAUGUUGUAUACACAUUAGCAAGUAUAAGAUGCUUUUUGGUGUUAAAAAUCUUUCUAAGAAAAUUUGUUACUGAGUCUAGCAGGUAGGGCUAGACUGAGAAAAUUCUUUCCAUUGAAGAAAAAGCCUGAGUUUCCUUCAUGAAAUUGCUUUAAAAAAACAAGGAAAAACACCUUGAAUCUAUUGGCUGCUAUUUCCCCUGCCAUCUGUAGAACCCCAAUUCUAGACUUUCCCACCCCAGUCCAUUCUCUGUCCACUUCACAAUUCCACAGCUGGGGUCUGUUCAAGGCCCCCCCUUUUUUAAAGCAGCGAUAAAAAUGGCAAUAUUUGCGGGGUUUUUUAAAACUUUAUUUUGGAUUACAGAUGUCACAACUAAGAAAUUGAAAUUGGUACAAUGCACAGAGCUUAUUUAAAUUUCACUAGUUUCACAUGCACUCAUGUGUGUACAUGCUUAGUUUUUGUGGAUUGAUAUAUCCACCAGCAUAAUCAAGUCACAGAACUCCUCCAUCACCCAAGUUCUGUUGGGUUCUGUCUUCACAGCCAUCCCUUGCCCAGCCUUCCCACCUCUUAACCCCUGGCAACCACUAAUCUGGUCUCCAUCUCUGUAAUUCUGUUAUUUCAGGAAUGUUAUAUGUUUUGUUUUGAGAUUGGCCUUAUCUACUCAAUAGAAUUCCUUGAAGAUCUGUCCAGGCUGUUGUAUGUGUCAGUAGUUCAUUGGUCUUUAUUGCUUAUUACUUAAUGGUAUCAAUUUGCCACAGCUUCUUGAACCAUUUUAUGUAUUGAAGGAAAUUUUGGAUUGUUUCCAGUUUGGGGAGAUUACAAAUAAAGCUCUCUGAACACA